CAGUGUUUGUACCCUGUGAGUUGACAUAAACACAUGUCUGUUGUUAGAAUAAAUCAUAUUUGGAUUUACAGGGAACACGGAUUACGCUCAUAUUACAAGCGCUAAGUUAAAAUUGAUCCCUUACUCACUUAAGGGAGGUUAUCAGUGGAUGUUUUUGUCAGUGAGUAGACAUAGUAUAAAUCAUCAGUGUUACCCAUCUCUUCUUUCAGCAGAAGGGCUAAACAUCUUACUGUAGGUCCUCUUAGCCAGAAACCGUAGGCUUCCUCACGUUUCCCCUGACACUGGGUGAAAGUUACAGGCACUCAAGAGAUAAAGAGGGAAACUGCACUGUAACAUGGUUCUCAUUCAGAAUUGUACACAGACAGAACCACAUGCAGCUGUGCCAAAUAACUAGCAGCCCAGUCCUUUUAGGCUCUUCAAUGCCAUGACACUCAUUUGAAUAAUUUCUUUGAAAUUGUCAACAUAGCUUCUAAUUUCAAAUGAUCUCAAAAUCUCUUCUUCUGCUUAAAAGAAAAACAAACAACAACAAAAACCCCUGUGAACUCCAACUUUACACUUCUCCUUUUUUGGACACCUUAGCUGUCCAUUCAAGAAUGUGGACAUGUCCACCUGUUACGACAAGUUAACGUCAUUGACAUUUGAAUACUAAAAACUGUAAAAAUGAAUAAGCAUUGUCCCACUUGUCUUGCAUGACGAAGAAGUACUGUGUACAGUGACCAUUUUGACACCCAACAGGUCAGUGACGGUGGUGGGCUUAACACUUAAAGGCUCUCAAAUGUCUCAUAGCCCAAGCAGUGCCAAGCCCCCACCCCAAACACUUGACCCCUGCUGACGUAGGCUGUCCAUUUACAUUUAGGGACACCGGCUCCCUCCAUUCUCAAUACCAUUUCUAUUGUGGAGAGAAGCAGGUGCCAGUGAUAAAGUGGGAGAGAAACUGAUUUUCUUUUUACUUUAUUCUAUGCCUAGCUCAUUUUAUGUGAGCUUUAUAGUUUUAGAGAGUUGGUGAUUUUUUAACCUUUUCUUGCUGGAUUUUUGGUUUCACAAUUCUGUAUUUUAAUUGGUUUGCACACCAACGUGGAGCACUGAAGGGUAGAGCUGGCUACGAUUUUUGAAAAAGUCUUUCCGUCUGUUUCACGGACGUUACUGGUUCUAUUUUUGUCUCAAGUUGGUGUCUUAACGUGAUUUUUUAUGCCACUGAAAGCCAUGAGUGCCUUGGUAACAAACACAGUAGGAGAUGGGAGCAGCGCAAGCUUUGACCUCAUCCAAAAUCGCAUUGAGUCACUGAGCAGCAAGAUGGACAAGCUCAUUAACAUUCAAGAAAAAGUCCUCAGCCGACUAGAUGGGAUGUCUCAGGACAUUGAUGGCAUUGAAAAGGAUAUGGAGAAUCUGAAGGUUGACAAGGAGGAGAUUCAUCUGCCACCAAGGGUAGUGAACCAGACUCAGGUCGUGGGGCGAGAAGUGAGGGAGAUAUGCCAGGAGAUGAGCACCAUCAUGUCGGUGGUGAACCAGCGCUCCGAGCAGCAGGCUCAAAAGCUGGAAGGGAUGGAAAAACUGGUCCUCAGCAUGCAGCAAGUGAUCAGCUUCAUUGGGGAGACAGUCAAGAGUUCGAAGAUAAUGGAGCUGAUGUUCAAAGGCCCUGCAGCGCGGAAGGGCUCCAAACCCAAAGACAAUAAAGGAAAGCAAGCUUUCAGGAAAAAAUCAUCUACAGAUGCAAUAACCAAGAAGCUUGACAAGAAAACUACUUCUAAUAAAGCCAGUAAAGGGAAUCAACAGAUAACUCCUGCAUGUGAGCCCAGUUCUCCGCAGCCCUCUCACAAGAUAAAGCUCCAUGGACCAAAGCAUUUCCUCGCCACUCGCAAAUGUGGAAAAUUUUUUAAAGACCAUAAAGGUAAAGAUGAGACAGAGAAGCCGUGUUUGAGCCCUAAGAGUCAGAAAGCUCAAAAGAAGAUGAAGCCCCCAGAAACAGCAGACUCUAUCUCUCUGAAGAAGCAGGUUUUGCUUCUACAAGAGGUGCAGAAACUCAACAGGGAAAACACAGAGAAAUCAGGUCACCCGCUCACCCCCGGCUGUCUGGAUUUGGAGGCUGGAGUGCCGCCUAAAGAUCAACAACCUGAUGUUGCUGCUUGUAAUUUGGUGGACUACCGCCGUGAAGAUUCCCAAGUGGCUGAGAACCAUGAGGUUGUCGAGGCAGUUAGUGAGGAGGAGGUGGGGGAAAAGGUGCCUGAGGGAGAGGCAGUAGUUGCAGAGAAGGAACCCCAGCUUCAUGCGGAAGAUGUUGUAAAAGAGAAAGAAGAUGAAAAGCUUGAAGUUGCAGAGGAAAAGAAGGAAGAGGAAGCUGCUGCUGUAGAAGAAGAAGCUAAAGUCCCAGAACUCCCUGCUGCCCAUGACAAGGAAAAAGAACCCAUUGCCACAAGCCCUGAUGAGAACAGAGAUGUCACCCCACCUGCAGAGGCCGAGAAAGACCAGAUAGCCAAGAUCAGCAGCACAGCGACCAAGUCCUUUGUGACUGAGGAACAUUUUGUGGUGGAGGACCACACAAAUCAGAGCCAGGUGGUGGUGGAGGAGGAAGAAGAGGAGGAGGAGAGAGAGGACAACAAGGAGGAUGAACAGAAGCCUGAGUCUGAGGGCUGGGGCAUCUUUAGGGCAGAUGGGGUUGAAAUCCAGUUAAACCUUAAACAAAGGGUGGAGAGCAAGAGGAAGGAAAAUCAUGCAGAAAAGGAGGAUAAUGAGGAUGCCGAGCAGUUCUUAAUUGACACCACUCCUCCUCCAGCGGCUCCUUUUAAUCACCGCAUUGUGUCGGCAAAGCCUAACCAGAUCAGCAACUUCUACACAAUCAACUGGCAGGAGGUCCUGGGCGGGGGCCGUUUUGGCCAAGUGCAUAAAUGUGUUGAAAACUCCUCUGGUCUCACUUUGGCAGCGAAGGUCAUCAAAGCCAGGAGUCAGAAAGAAAAGGAGGUGGUGAAGAAUGAGAUCCAGGUCAUGAAUAAUCUGGACCAUGCCAGCCUGAUCCAGCUCUAUGCAGCUUAUGAGUCAAGGAAUGACAUCAUCCUUGUACUUGAAUAUGUUGGUGGAGGAGAGCUGUUUGACAGGAUAAUUGAUGAAAACUACACUUUAAUGGAGCUGGAUGCAGUGGUGUUCAUCAGGCAGAUCUGUGAGGGCCUGCAGCACAUGCACAAAAUGUACAUCCUACACUUGGAUUUAAAGCCAGAAAAUAUUCUGUGCGUGAACAGAGUCACAAAUAAGAUCAAAAUCAUCGACUUUGGUCUCGCCAGGAUAUAUAAACCAAGGGAGAAGCUGCGAGUGAAUUUUGGCACUCCAGAGUUUCUCGCUCCAGAGGUCAUCAACUAUGACUUUGUGUCGUACAACACAGACAUGUGGAGCCUCGGUGUCAUCACCUACAUGCUUCUGAGUGGUCUCUCUCCCUUCCUCGGAGAUGAUGACAAUGAGACUUUGAAUAACAUCUUGGCCUGUCAAUGGAACUUCGAGGAGCAAGAGUUUGUAGAUACAUCUGAAGAAGCCAAAGAUUUCAUCUCCAGGCUCCUCGUUAUAAAUAAAAGUUGGAGGAUGGGGGCAUCUGAGGCCUUAAGACAUCCUUGGCUAUCUGACCCAGUGCUCCAUCAUCGCCUUCAUACAAAGAAAAAUAUGUGCAGAUCACGACGAUCAUCAUGUGUGCCCACGACUGAUAGUUGAGGACUCUACAGUGAUGUGACAGCUCCAGCUGAGGCCACUCGGACCAACCCUCCUGUCCAUGUAAAUUACCUAAAUUUCAGUUGAUGCACCUGCGGAAUUUUCUUGAAAUGUGAUCCACUGUGUUGGGCUAAUGCAACCAGUAUACCAAAUAAAUAUACAAGAGUUGACAGCUUUAUUCAAAUGGAAUUUAAUUGUUGAUAGUCAUAGCAAGCUGUACGACAUUUUCCAUCAAUAAUAUACAACUCGUUUUUGUAAUGCUUGAGAAACAACAGGUGAAGAAAAUAACAACAUCUUAUAACAACUUUGUGAAGCUUGCGAUGUUCAGUUAUUAUUGAGGCUGUGUCAGAGAAGUGAUAACUCAGCUGCUGAGUUUGCAGUUUGUAGUGUUUUGUUGCAUUACAUUAUUGUAAGGUAUGGCAUUUCAAAAUGGUGCUAAAGUCAUAAUCUGACCUAGCUUCAUUAGAUGCAUAUUAUCAUAUAAAUGAGCUUGACUGUGUGUGGCAACUUUGCCUUGAAAGUCGAACACACUGUACUAUCUACUUCACUUUCAAAUAUCCACUCACCCUCACUUAUCGAUAACCAAAUACACUGUGCUUUCAUUGUUUUCUGCUGUUCUCAUUUUCUGCUGAUACGGUAGAUAAGAACUUUCAUGUUUAGAAACAUACCUCAACUGUUCCUGUAUGAAGGCGACAGCAUAAUUCAUCUGUGAAUGUAAUAAUCUCUCUCUCCUUCUGUUUGGGCUGUAAAUAGAUGCUGAACUGUAGAUUAAACUCCAUAUCUCAUAUCUUAGGGGAUGUAUAUUGUACGUAUGGACAGAAUGGAAUUUGUGUGGUUGGUGUCAUGAGCUGUACUAAGUGCACUUUAUACUGUUAUUUAUUUAAACCCAUAUUAUACAUGAACCCACCGUAGUUCCCUUGAAAAGGCUUGUGUAGUCAGAUCUACUCAUGUCUCCUGCAUCUAUUUCAUCCUGCUUUGUCCUGGUGUUUAUAAAGAAAAUGCAAUUCACCAAAACAGUUUAUGUCUUACCAGUAUUUUCACUCUUUGUUGCAUGUUGUUAUGUGUUUAUGUUAUCAGCCAUUAAAGCUUAAACUUGACAGAAACAGAGUAAUAACUUUUUAAACUUUUUUUUUUCUUUUUUUCUUUUUUAUUGUACUGUAUGCUUGAGCUGUCAUACCACUCUAGUGCCACUCUGGCUGCAGAUUCAUGUCACUGUAGAUGCUUUUUCCACAUUGCAAAGUUAUCUUUAAAAUGCCUUCUGUGAAGGUUUGCUAACUUAUAGUUAAACGCUACCUAGUCUAAUAUUGCCUAAGUGAAUAAAAUAUAGUAGCAACUCCAUUUAUGUUAUUUUAAUUUAACUUCAUGAUGAAUGUUACACAAAUUGUUGAACAUAGAGCGCUGGUAAAAGCAGUUGUCCCCACUGAGUGAAGAUCAGCAUGUAUUUGUGAAGUGUGUACACAUCCAUUAAACUGAACUUGUGUCUUAAAUCAGAGUUUGUUUGCUUGAUGCUUGACCCUAAAACUAUAAAGGGGCUUAAAGUUCAUGUAUUUAAAGGUGAAGGCAAUAUGAAAAUGAGGACACACAAAUCAGUGUUCAAUAAAAAUGCUUGCAUAAAUAAGUGACAGGAAACCUGUGCAAUUUCGAUAAAUUGAACCUUGAAUCUAGGUUUUAUUUUCAAGCAUUCAGCUAAAUUGCAUUUUGUCUAAUUAUGAAGUUGAAAACUGUUCUCCUCUUGAAUU